AUGGCGUCCCGGAAACCUCGUCGACCGAACAACAACCACCGCCAUAAUAAUAACCACCAGAACUUCGUCUCCGACUAUGAAUCAGACUAUCCAAACUACCUCUCCGAUACACAGCAGCAGCAAAGGCAACAGCAGGAGCAGCAGGAGCUGCCUGUCCCUCCACCCUUACGCUCCAACGAGGAGCUUAACCUCGCCGUCCUCCGCCGUCAUAACCCCUCCGUGAACUCGAUUUUGUCGCUGGCCCAAUACGCAGUCGUCUAUUUGUUCAGUCCGUCUACACGACAGUGGGAGAAGAGUGGGACCGAGGGUACGUUGUUUGUCUGCCAGCUAGCGCAAGGCCCUCUGGGUGAGGAACGAUACAGUGCUUUUGUGCUCAACCGGCGCGGCCUCAACAAUUUCGAUAUCCCCCUGACCGAUGGCGAGAAUGUCGAGAUCACAGAGGAAUAUGUGAUUCUCAAGACUGAUUAUAACCCGGAACUCGAAACCCCAAACACCAUCAACAACUAUAAUAACAAUGGGAACAACGCCGACACUAGUAAGGGUAUCCGGAUUUACGGUCUGUGGAUCUAUUCGGAGCCACCACCCAAUUCCACGGCAGAGACACGUAUUAUCAAUGCCCAGAUGAUUCGCGAAUGCGCUACACAUGCAGGACACAGUCUCAAACUGGCGCGCGAACGCCUGGAAGCAGCCCAGCAGAACGGUUUGCAUGUCGCAGCGGCCGCAGCUACCACGACAGCCGCGCCUUUGGAGGAGGUUCAAUCGAGCGUGCCUAUGGGCCGUCAGGUUUCGCUAAAGGAUUUGUUUGGUCAGCAACGAGCUCAAGAUGAUGGAUGGAGUGUUCAUGCUCACAACAUGGGACCGGGUGAAUACCGGCAGCCGCCGCCACCGAUGGGUAUUCCUAUGCCGCAGCCGCCGCCGCACUCACAACCGCAACAGGAUGUACUUGGGGACCUAUUUCGGAGGGCAGGUCUAGCAUACGGACAAGGUGGACAG